CUGAGACCGCGUUGAGGACUGGACGAAACAUGGUGAAAAAGAAAGAAGAGCGUAAGAGGGGCAAGAAGCGCCCUCGGACGGACAAGGGAGAUAUCGUGGCCGAGGUCGAACACCAAGAAGAGCCAGGGGUAAUAGUGCCGAUGCACGAAGGGGCAACGAGGGCGCCUGAGGAUUUCCGAGAGCCGGGCUGGAUGCUACCCAUCCAGAACGCAAAAGAUGACACUGCACCCUUUGGCUUCGUAGGGGCCGACCUCAAAGAGUAUAUGCGGAGUGCCAACACGGCCCUCAAGAACCUAUUCGAGCAGGAAAACGAGGCUGGUGGUACGUCGAUCCAUUCCAAGGAAGCAACGAGGCUCCGCGACGCUGCUCUCUCCGAGGCAAGAGGCCACGAGCUUGAGCUGGCGACGGACCCAGACACGAGUGUCGUUCUGGAGAACCUUAUAACGACGAUGACUCCGAGACAUAUUCGCAUCGUGGCUGAUGGCUUCAUGGGAAACCUCUUCAAGCUGAGCUGUCAUCGCUAUGGCUCACACGUCCUCGAAUCCAUCUUAGUAGCAUUGCAGGGUGUGGCUACCCAAGAAGAGCGACAACAAUCGAGCCUCAGCCGGCCGAUGCCUUCAUCAGGCACAGUUGACCAGUCGGGUCAUGGAACCCUUCGCACCGCACACGAGCUCAUCAGUGAUUUGACCGAGGAGCUGCUGCCUACCGUGGUGGAAAUGAUGCAGCAUCCUUUUGCGACGCACAUCGUCCGCACCUGGCUUGUCGUCCUUUCUGGCCAGUGCCUCGACAGCGCAGGCACAUCUGCGAGUGGCAACACGACCGGUAUUGCAUCACUGCGCUCCAAGCGGAGUGCCGUAUUUCGAACUCGCAUCGCCCACGAGGCUUCCUCCUGUGCCCGUCUCGAACCUUCUGUCUUUCCCGACGUUCUGCAGCAUGUCAUUGCCACAGCAAGCCAAGAUUUGAACGGUAGAACGAUAAAGGACAUGAGUGGUAGCCCUUCGGCGAGUCCAACAUUGGCCAUUCUCCUUGGCGUCGCCUCAAGACAUGGCAGGACGUCCCUUCUUGACCUGGCCCUCGAUGGUCUGGUCUCUGCCAGCCAAAAAUCAGACUCUGGCCUGUCGAGUAUGGACAGAUCGGCCCACAUCGAGACAUUGCUGCGAGAUCAGGUGGGCUCGCUCUUUCUACAAAGCUGCCUCGCCAUAUGUUCCGACAAGACCAACGAUUUAUUUUGGGUCGUCUACCUUCGUGGACGCAUGUGUCGACUCGGCUCACACGUCGUGGCCAAUUUCGUCGUGGCUGAGGUGCUCAGACAUCUUACCCCAGAGCAGUCCUUGGAAGGGAACGCCAGCCCCCUAUUUCAAGCAUUGCAAGAGCUAAGAGAGGGCGGUAGCGAGCUGGUCAAGGCGGGCAGACUGGGCGUCCUGCAAGCCUUGGUCGAGCGCUGUGGGGCCAUCACUUUUGCACGCGAAUCCAAUCAAGGCAGCAGUAGUUCGGAGCAAGAAAAGGAGGGAAAAGCAGCGAAGAAGCGCGGGACCAAAGCUAACUCACUCGCUGACGACGACUCUUACGAUGGACAAGUGGCUCGAGCCGUCCUCUGCGCAUUCGGGUUCGACCUCGAAGACAAGACUGGCUUGAGCAAUGUGGUGCCAGUCAUAUUGAAUGUAAAGACGGUGGACGACUGGGCUGCGUUUCAAACAGGUGUGCAAGCGCGAGUUGAAGACGGACCGUCGUCAUCGGCGCGCUCCUUGACGGAGCCGAAGAUUCAAGGAAGCUUGCUCCUCCAGUCAAUCUGCCGGCUGACGUACCCGUCCAACGACGUUGUUAUACGCAGCCUCAUGGAGCAGCAGAGCAUCAUUCCCAUCUCACGUUCUCCGAUCGGUGUUCAUAUUCUGCUCUCGGCUCUUGCCAGUCCGACAACGACGUUCAAGCAACGAAGUGACAUCACGGCAAAGCUGUGCGCCGAGCUUCACUGGCUUGCAGACGAUAAAUUCGGCAGCCGCGCUACCGAUGCGUUGUGGGAGAGGACCGAUGGCUUCACAAAAGAAAAAAUUGCCAGGAUCAGUCUUGAGCACGAGCAAUUACUCCUUGGCUCGCCUUACGGACGAUUUUUCGUCCGCAAACUCAACCUGGGUCUCUUUCGCAAGAGUGUAGGCAAGUGGAAGGUCUGGCUGAAGGAUAAUCUCAAGCCUUGCCCAGAUCCUCUUCCCAGGCAUGGGCAGGCGACUUUGCAAAAGAAGCAAAUUGAACGAGAUAGCCCGCCGCGGGGAUUGGAGCAGCGGGGAAACAAGAAGAAGCCUAAGCUUGGACAUACCGAUAAAGUACUAGACGACAUCUUGUCUGCAAUCAAGUAGUACUCUAGUUUUGCAAUAUUGUACAAUACCACACAAACCAUAUCUCAACGGAAUCUAGGAUUUAUCGAGG